UUUUUCUUUUUCUCUUCCUCCUCGCGAAACACGAUUUCCUCUCUUAAGUUUUUUUUCCUCUCCUCGUCUCCUCCUCUUCUCAAAACGAUUUUCUCUCUCGUCUUUGGUGUGACUUCAUCCUAAACAAACAGCGCCGCCGAGAUCCAAAGCUUCCUUUCCCGAGCUUGACAUCGGCGACUGGUGGUGGUAUGGGUAUGAGCUUAGUCGGAGACAAGGGGCUUCACGCCAAGGGUUCGAACUGUUUGGAGAGAGCAAUCAAAAAUCCCCAAAUAUACAAGCCUCAUGGCUGUGCUCACAAGAGGAUGCAACAGAACCUGUGUGCCAAAAGAGGUAAAGGAGGAGGCGGGAUUGGAUCAAGUGGGGAAGGAGUUCUCUAUGACCCUGAUUUCCUCAUGGUAGCCGACGAUCAUGACUUCUAUCGUUCCUGUGUUCAAUCACCCGGAGUGGAAAUGAAAGGCCUUUUUCCAAAACUACAGGUUCACAUCCAGGAGAUAAGGUACCUUUUUCAUUGCUUUUGAUUUUGAUGAGACAUUGUGGUAAGAGUUCAUCAAAUCCAAUUGUUAAACCAACAAUUUAGUUAAGAAUGUAAUCAGUUUAGACAAGAGUUAGGUGCUGUUAUCAUGCUUCUAGGUGUUGUGGAAACCUCUGGGUUUAUGGAGAGCUGAGACUGCUCGUUGAUAUACUCUCAUUUUUUGUUUGUUGUAACUGACAAAUAUCAUUUGGUUAAUUGUGUUGUUUUU